GGAUUCUUCUGGAUUUGCCAGCGUCUCUCCUCCGCAGCUUCAUUAUAUUUAUUCACUGGACUUCUUCCUUUCGUCUCCCCCACGGAGUCAAGUCAGACACAGGCUCUCUUCGGCUUCGCUCCAAUGGCGACGCUUGUGCCAGUCGGAAUUAUUUUUACGAUCAUUUUGAUGAUUUCACCCGCUUACACUCUCAACUGCACUACUCAGAAGUUUAGUAGCAACAGGGUGUUUCAAAACUGCAGCGAUCUUCCAGUUCUCAGUUCCAUUCUGCAUUGGACCUACAAUUCCUCCAAUUCUACGCUUUCCGUUGCAUUUACGGCACCGCCGGCAGCCGCGGACGGCUGGGUCUCCUGGGCUAUAAACCCAAACGGCGCCUACAUGGCCGGCGCUCAGUCGCUGAUCGCCUUCAGACAAGGCGGCUCCCUGGUGGUCAAGCCGUUUGUGCUGAACAACUACUCUUCCAUUGUGCAAACCAACCUCUCCUACCCCGUCUCCGGUACGAGCGCAGAAGUGGUGGACGGAAAGAUGACCUUGUUCGCGAUCUUCCAAUUACCGGAGAAGAUGACCAAAUUUUACCACAUAUGGCAGGUGGGGGCUGCGGUGGCGUCCGGCGUCCCGCGGAAGCAUGAAUUCGAACCAGCGAAUUUGAAUGCUAAAGGAACCUUGGAUUUGAUUGCGGGAUUGGGUGGAUCCGGUGGUGCUCCCGGCAAUGCUCCUAGCGGUUCUCCUAGCAGUCCUCCAAGUGGUACUCCCGGCAGUCCUUCUCCAAGCAUUGCACCGGGGGGUUCUCACGGCGGCGAUUCAGGAAUCAGAAAGAGCAACAUGAGUUUCUAUUUGUUCCUGGUCCUUGGAAGCUUCAUUGUUCUCUGCUUUUAGUCAUCAACCAGUGAUGUUUGGUUUAAUGUUCUAAUUUUUCUAUGGAUACUUUCCCCAUCCCCAUCCCAGAUUCACCAUCCCCAUAGGAGGAAUGAUGAAUUCCAUUCCAUGUGUCGAAUAUGGAAUUUGAAUAAUACAAAUGGAUUUGUUAUUUUGAUUUUUC